AUGACAUCAGAUAACGGUACAAAUUUCGUUGGAGCCGACAAGAAGUUGCGCAUUGCAUUUCAACAGUGCAUGGCUGAUACUAAACUGCGCUCUUUCUUUGCGGAUUCGAAUAUCGCAUGGCGCUUUAAUCCACCGGCUGCACCCCAUAUAGGAGGUUACUGGAAGACUGGAGUCAAACGAGUCAAGUAUCAUUUAAAACGCGUACUGGGAGAAGUUCCACUAUCAAACGAAGAGUUAAACCAACGUUUGACUGAAACAGAAGCUUGCGUAAACUCUCGUCCACUCUGUGACUACUCUGGAACUGCUGGUGACUUAGAAGUUCUAACUCCCGGACAUUUCAUAGUCGGUGAACCGCUUAAGUUAAUUCCGGAAACUGAGGGUCAAGGGUUCCGUGGAAAUCUUCCUCAGUGA